AUGUCGAGUCCAGAAGAAGGAAAUGGACCAGAGAAAAAGGAGUCGGAGAAUGAGUUAGCGGCCCCCACCGGCCCCAAAGUAAAGGCUAAAUGUCGUGAAAAAGAGGAAAAAUCGCCAGCGAAACCAUCGGAAUUAUCGAAAAUGGAGAGAAAAGAAGUGAAAAAUAUGAAUAAGUCAACAAGAAAGGACGCGAAAAGCGCGCGAAUGGGUCCGAGAACAUUGAAACCAAUGGCAGUGAAAGCGGAAGAGAGAUCGAGAAAAAGUGUUCGUGAGGCACCGGCUAAAUCGUAUCACUUUCAGACACCAAAAGAUGAAACGGAAUUGGCAUGUCUCCAACUUGAAGGUGAACUGGCUCAGCAAACAAAAGCUAUGGAAGAAUACAGAUUCGCAAUGCAACAAAUCUAUAAUAUUCUGGCAAUAAUGAUCAGACGUGGAAACGGGACAACUGAUGCUGAUAAUUUCAAAAGUGACAAGGGACAAGCUGCAGCUGAGAAAUUGAACAGAGAAGUGGUUCAGACGGAAAACUUCUGGAAAACUGAUACGAGAUUGCAACCAGCAUUUAAUGAUUCUAUUGCGAAGAAUACGACAAUUCUAGCAGCUGCUGAGCGACAUUUACAAGAACAAGGACCCAAACAUUUGAAGAAAACGAAAAGAUUCUUGAAUGAUCAUUGGCUGAGAUACGUCGACAUGAAGAAGACAUUGGCAAAAAUAGUGAAACAGCAAAAACCAGAUAGUCAAGGUGCACGUGAUGAACAAAUCAAGGCGAUUACUGUAUUUGUCAAAGAAAAAUACUUGAAUAUGAAAUCGAUUCAUUUGGGCGAAAUUCAAAGUGUCAUUGCUGAAUUGAGUCUUUUUCAUCAUACUUCUUCUGCUUCUUGGCAUCAAAUUGCUGAACGAAAACCUCCGAAAGCGGGAUAUGUACCAGAGACAUUCGAUUUCAAACAAUUUUUCGCCCCACCUCCAAAGACUUAG